ACUUGAGCAGUGCAAGUACUUUUCAAUUUUUCAUUGCCAAUUUUUAUUUUAUUUAUCGCGGCAAAUUAUAAUUAUUAAAUAAUAAUAUAUAUAUAUAUAUCACAAAUACAACUUGUUGUAUAUACUUACAUAUACAUAUCCAUUCAUAUAUUUAUACUUACAUAUAUAUAAAUAAAUAAUAUUUAUAAAUAGAUAUAUUUAUAAAUAUAAUAAUAAUCAUAAAAUGGCAGCAGUAAGCGAAGUAAAAUCUACGAGAAUAAUUCAGUCUUACGUGUCAUCAAAUCAUUAUUACGGUUACGUACCACCGAUAAAUGAAACGAUAAUAAAACAAAACAAUUAUCAACAAAUUGAUAAGCAGUAUUCAUAUAAUAGCCAAAGUCAAGUUUAUUUGAAUAAAACUGAUAAAUCAGCGUAUUUUAAUCAACAACAACAACAACAACAACAAAACAAUGGCAAUAAUACUUUAGCCAUGGAAACAGAUGAUGUUGAUAAUUUAAAUGGAGAUAAUUUACACUGCCAGAAUAACCAUUACGUUAUUCCAGAGAUGGUGAAGCGUCUUGACGGUCUUGACAACAACUUGAUCAACACCAGAAGUUACUGCGGUGGAGAUCCGGGUAGCCGCGGGACGGGAGAUAGCGUUGGUCUUAUCUACCGGGUGACCCACAGCGACGCCGACGCCGACGCCGACGCCGAUCAUCAUCAUCAUAAUAACAACAACAACAACAACUAUUAUUAUUAUUAUAAUAAUCGUAAUACGGUGACCGGAUCAACGGACAUUCAACGGAGGAACCGUAAGCGCAAUAAUUAUGAGCAUGAUGGAGCUGAAGCUGAUGGAUUUCAAAAUCAUGGAAAGAAGAAAUUUCGUCCAGACGGUGGUAACAAACGCGUUUGCCGUGAGACAAGGAUUUGUACCAGAGAUAGUGGACCAUCCGCGAUGCACAAUGAGCCGGCAACAUGUUUAGUUACCAGCAGUGUUCGUAGUUUCCCGAUACAGUCCCAGGUCAACCAAGUUAAUAAGGUUAACGACGUUAACGACGUUAACGACGUUAACCACCACUGCAAUGACAGUUAUAAUCCCAAUUGGGUACAACCACCAGGUAAUUCCAGUGAGCCUUAUCCCAUACAAUGUGAGACACGUGUUAUUUGUGAUAGCACACGAAUUAACAAAGAAAACUUGGUUACGAGAGUUGAUAAUUUAGUUGAUUAUGAGAUGAUGUUGAUGGAGACGCAUGGCUGCUCGGCUUAUCAUCUUCAUCGCCAUCAGCUAUUAGAUAUUGAUACUUUUGAUACAGAGUUUUAAUUGUCUCUCAUCUGUUCAUUCUAUAUAUAUAUAUAUAUAUAUAUAUAUAUAUAAAUCUAUAUUUAUAUAUGACUUAUUUAUAUACUUAAAAAUUAUUAAUUGUUAAGCCCAUUAAGCGAUGGAUUAAAUCUAAAGCUUGUGUGAA